UUUUUGGAUAAAUAAAGCUCAAAAACGUCAUCACUGGCGAGCUGAAGCGGGUUUAAAGACAUCCUCAGAGAUGGCGGCGAUGGCGAUUAUCCGGUGUUGCUCCUCCUUCUCCCAUACUUCCGGCGUCCGUACUCUGCCGCACGAAAAUUCACGAAGUUCAGAGACUGGGAACAAGUUAGCUAAAUCUAUUGGCUACUCCUCACAUCAUCUUAUCUCCAAGAUUAAACUUUUGUCUACCAAGAAGCCCAAUGAGCCUGAAAGCAAGGGACUCUUCUUACAAACACCAUCUCCAACCCUGCAAAGUUUUGACAAGUUAUCAGCUUUUGAGGGAUUUGGGAGGCUCAAGUUACCUGUGAUGGCAGUGUUGUUUACAAACUCCCUUCUCAUUGGUACACCUCUCCAAGCCUUGUCUGCUGACAUAUGCGAGCCUCCUGAGAGUUCCGUCUUCAACAUGCCUCUUUUGUUGCUUGUCGCACUUGUUGGCGCCACUGUUGGAGGGUUACUUGCUCGGCAGAGGAAAGGGGAGUUACAGAGGCUGAACGAACAGCUACGACAGAUCAACACAGCCCUUAGGAGACAAGCCAAAAUCGAGUCUUACGCCCCAGGGUUAAGUUACGCACCGGUAGGAGCUAGAAUCCCACCAGAGAGUGAGAUCAUUGUGGACCCAAAGAAACAAGAGUUGAUCUCCAAGCUGAAGACGGGCAAGACCUUUCUGAGGAAUCAAGAGCUAGAGAAAGCUUUUUCGGAGUUCAAGAUUGCUCUGGAGCUUGCCCAGAGUCUAGGAGACCCCAUCGAAGAGAAGAAAGCUGCCAGAGGCUUAGGCGCUUCGCUGCAACGUCAAGGGAAGUAUAGAGAUGCUAUACAGUAUCACAACAUGGUUCUUGCCAUCUCGAAUAGGGAAGGAGAAGAUUCUGGAAGCACUGAAGCUUAUGGAGCUAUUGCAGAUUGUUACACUGAGCUCGGAGAUCUUGAGAAAGCUGGGAGUUACUAUGACACCUACAUUGCUCGGUUAGAGACAGACUGAUUCAUUCAUCUGUAUUGUCUUUUUGUCUGUUUGUUGUGUUUAUGUCAUAUCACAUAAUAUGGAUAUCAGAUUCCCUUUUUUUAAAUGUAAUUUUGUUUGUCAUACAA